AUGCCCACAAACAUUUAUAGAGUUUAUUUCUCACAUUCCUGGAAUCAGACUUGUGUCCUUACAGCCCCACAUGUGCAGGUUAAAGCACUAUGCGAGAAGGCUAAGGAGAUAUUGAUGGAGGAAAGCAAUGUGCAGCCAGUCAAAAGCCCAGUGACAAUCUGCGGUGAUAUUCACGGACAAUUCCAUGAUCUUGUUGAGCUUUUCCGGAUUGGCGGGAAGUGUCCAGAUACUAAUUAUUUGUUUAUGGGGGAUUAUGUGGAUCGUGGAUACUACUCCGUUGAGACUGUUUCUCUCUUGGUAGCACUGAAGGUUCGCCACCCACAUCGGAUUACAAUCCUCCGCGGAAACCAUGAGAGUCGGCAGAUCACACAAGUAUAUGGAUUCUACGAUGAAUGCCUACGAAAGUACGGCAAUGCAAAUGUAUGGAAGAUAUUCACAGAUCUUUUUGAUUAUUUCCCAUUAACAGCCCUGGUGGAAUCUGAAAUUUUCUGCCUGCAUGGUGGUUUAUCUCCAUCGAUUGAGAAUCUUGAUAGUGUGCGUAGCUUGGAUCGUGUCCAAGAGGUUCCACAUGAGGGUCCUAUGUGUGAUCUUUUAUGGUCUGAUCCGGACGAUCGAUGUGGUUGGGGCAUUUCUCCUCGUGGUGCUGGCUACACAUUUGGGCAGGACAUAUCUGAGCAGUUCAAUCACACCAACAAUCUCAAACUUGUUGCUCGGGCUCAUCAGUUAGUUAUGGAGGGAUAUAACUGGGCUCAUGAACAAAAAGUUGUUACCAUAUUCAGUGCUCCAAACUAUUGUUACCGAUGUGGCAACAUGGCAUCCAUUUUGGAAGUUGAUGACUGCAACGCUCACACCUUUAUUCAGUUUGAGCCAGCCCCUCGGAGAGGUGAGCCAGAUGUGACAAGGAGAACACCUGAUUAUUUCCUUUGA